AUGCCCAAGUCCGCUCACUCCGAUGAAGGUCCUACUGUGGAUGACCAUGCCGCCAUGAAGAAACAGUGGCAGACUAAUUUGGAGAUCGAUUUGCUCAAGAAUGCGUGGAUUCGGAAGGACCGAGAGCAGUAUGGCGCACGUCCGUCAAAUGCUUCGCUCUUGCAAGCGCACAUGUAUAUUUGCUAUCUAUCCAUGCGCAAAGUAGGUGUUGCUAUCACUUGA